AAAGCUUCACCAGAAAUGCCUCGUGGAGUAAAAGUUGAACGACCGGCUCCUGCUGAAUCAGUCGAGCCUCUUCAGGCUUCAACUGUUGUGAUUCUUCACCCUGGUUCCACAUUGAUGUGGCUGGGACGUGCUACUGACCACCUACCACAAAGCAUUCCUCAUGUCAUUGCCCGGAGGAAACCUCAGCAGUGCACUGUUGACAUUCCAGAUCAAACCUUACUUGUCAGGGAUGGACUUGAUCAUCCUGACAGUGAAACACAGAAAGAACUUGCACUUAGUGUGAUUGAGCAAGCAAUAUGGUCAAGGAAAACUUCAUCUGGUUCACGAAAACAUCAAACUACAGUUUCUCAGGUUGCAGCAUUUAAUUCAAAGAUUGAAGCUGAGCACCAUCGUGAUGAGGAGUCGUCAAUCAAGUGGACAGACACAAGCUCAGCACCUCCUGUUAUAGCUGGAGAACCUGCUCUAUACAUUCAUCCAGAUGAACCAUACUCACUUCAUUGGCCAAUGAAAGGGGGGCAUCUGAACCUACACAGUGGGCCAGGGGGGUCACUCACUGCUGUCUGUGCUGAUCUGGAGGCCUUGUGGGCAUAUGCCAUACAGACAUGCCUGACUAUCCCACUGCGAGAUCUGGGGUAUUAUCGGGCUGUUCUAGUGGUUCCUGAUUCUUUGGAUAAGAAUCACAUCAAAGAGAUGAUGAACAUCCUCCUUUGUAAUCUUCAAUUCUCAUCGGCUAUCAUUCACCAGGAGUCAGUGUCCUCUGUAUUUGGUUGUGGCCUAAGUGCUGCUUGUGUUGUUGAUGUUGGAGAUGAGAAAACUAGUAUUUGUUGUGUAGAAGAUGGCUUGGUCAUCCCUAGUUCACGACUAUGGCUUCAGUAUGGAGGAAGAGAUAUAACCAGAGCCUUUUUCUGGCUGCUAAGAAGGGUCAACUUUCCCUACAAAGAGUGUGAUUCCAACAACAGACUUGACAUACUUCUUCUGCAUGAGUUAAAGGAAACAUUUUGCCAUCUUAGUCAGGAUAUUGUUGGUGGUCAAGUGCAUGAGUUUCAAGUUCAUCGUCCUUUUGAAACCCCUCGUUCAUACCAGUUGAAGAUUGGAGAUGAGGCAAUUGAAGCACCAAUGGGAAUGUUCUUCCCUCAAUUGUUUGGUAUUGUUGGUGAGAAGUUGGUUUUCACCAAGGAUUCCCAGUAUGAUGACCCAGAAGACUUGUGUGAUGAUAGAUACCUGCUUGAGUCACAGAGAGGACAGGAUCAGUCUAGUAAGCAGUCUUCUGGCUCAAAGAUUGGACCCAGUACUGAGACAGUCCCAGAUCUUGAGCAGAAUAUAACAACCACCAUGAGGACUGGUAACAAGGAGAUGAAGUUUGUGUCUGAGAAGAGUUUGGGUCUAGAUCAAGCAAUAUUACACAGCAUUAAUUGUUGUCAUACUGCUGCUCCUGAAGAAACAAAGCGUAAAAUGUACAGCUCAGUUUUACUGAUUGGUGGCGGUUUCAUGUUUAAUGGUGCUGCAGCUGCAUUACAGUCACGCUUACAAGCAAAGUUACCUCCAUUGCACCGCAAACUUGUUGAUCAGGUUGAAGUGAUUGCAAGACCCAAGGAAAUGGAUCCACGGACAAUUUGUUGGAAAGGUGGUGCAGUGCUUAGCAUCUUAGACUCUGCCCAAGAACUGUGGAUCAGCCAACGUGAAUGGACAUCAAUUGGUGUCAGGGUACUCAGGGAAAGGUCUCCUUUCAUUUGGACAAUAUGUAAUUAAAUGUAAUUAGUACUUCAAGCAGUGGAAAAGCACUUCAAAACCUUCAGUAACAAGCAAUUUUUUUGAGCUGAGGAAGUAGGAACUCACACUGUGCAUUGUGAAGCAUUUUAUUACUGACAAGCUCUCAAGUAAGAUAAACAAUAUUCCAAACUUAAAAAGAGAUGAUUUAGGUUCUCCACGGGCCCCAGUAGCCUUCCUCCUUGGCUACUUUUGUUGCCAUUUCAUCAGCUGGUUUCUUCAGAGAAGGGACAACCCCUUUCAUAUAAUACUGAACUCUUUCCUGCAGUUUCUCAACCUCAUUAGGAAGCUCCUUGCUGAGAUCAAUGUGCUCAGUUGGGUCAGCAGUGAUGUUGUACAGUGCAACCUUUAUCAUGGAGGGUUCACUCAAAUUCUGUUAAUAAAAAGAAGACAGUCACUAUGCUGCAUACUUGUUCAUGGCUGUAAGUGAAACAAAGCAAAGUAUGAAUAUUUUCUCCAUUUGCAUUGACAUUUUUGUCUUUUAAUAAAUUAAUGAAUUGUUGUCAUGUUCCAAAAAAAAAAAAAAGCCAUUUACACAUGAAACUUGGUGCUUAACUUAUCUCAGUCAACCUUUUGCUGAUUAUCAUCAAAGUUCCUUACUUCCCUGUUAACACCCAAAAGAA